AUCUACCUGUCACUCAAAACAUGUUAUAUUUAGAUGUUAAAACACGUUAUUGGUCAGAUUGAGGAAAGCAGACAGACUGAGUUUAGUUUGAAGAGUGUGUUUAGAGAGAGGAGAGGAGAGACGGGUCAAACCCGGCCGAAGCGGAGCAUGUUACCAGAGGUUUGUUUCAGAAUCUCUAACUCUCUGACAGUUUGAGUCAGUGUUCAAACCCUUAUACAAAGUACCCACAUUUGUUCUAUUCCAGAGCCCUGGGAGAACGUUACGGCCCUUGUGACGUCAAACACGAGCAGUGACUGCCAGAGAAGACAGAAACAGCAGAAAUACACUUUAAACAAGCUUCUCUGAAACUAAACAGUGUCUGAGUGUCCUGUUACAGAACCAGAGAUAUUUUAUUUCUAACCCAGUGUACAGUAUGGACAUUAGAAAGCUUAAGAUUAGUACUAGAGUACGUCUGAGCCUGAUACAACUGAAAGUAUUUUGCAGAAUUUCAUUCAUCUAAUAUAGAAGAGACAGCAUGCGUCUCACUGUGACUGGACUCAUAUGUUUCUAAUCUAUAAUAUUUUGUUGCAUUUUAUAAUUACGUCUAAGGUGUUACAAGUUAAGUUGGGACACCAUGAUUUUUAAACUGGAGAAGUUGGAUGUUUUGGGAAAAGUAACUUCUUUAAAUGAUCGGUUUAACACACAAGACUUGUUAACAGGGUUAGAGUAACGACUUCAGUGAGGAGAUGUUUUGUUUCCAGAUAAAGUGAUAUUUUCUGACAGGUUUUUCUGACACUGAAGCAUCUCUCAGAGGUCACUGAGAUCGUUCUCUUGAAGUUUAGCGCCAUCUUGUGGAUGUCUUCAUUACCUCUGCACUCAGAGUAAAAUACUGUACUUAGUGUCAAUUAACCCAGAAGCCAGUUGUUGUUUUUGAUAUUCAUUUAUAUUUAUAAAUGUCAUCACCAAGGUACUAAAAAUCUGAUUCCUAAAAGACAACCAAAUGUUUGCUGUUGUAAGAAGCAUCUGUUUUCUCUCUCAAUGCUUUAAACUCUCAUUUAUUUCUGUGAUGAUAAAUCUGAAUCUUCAGUGUCACGUGAUCCUUCGGAAAUCAUUCUAAUGUUGAUUUGCUGCUAAAAAUUAUUAUUUUUUUGCUACAAAACAACUGCUAUUCAAAGGUCUGUACUAAGUAAAAUAACAAACACGGUAAAGACAACUUUAAUGGUACAAAAUAUUUGAAUAAAUGCUAUUCUUCUGAACUUUUGAUACAUUUGUGAAUCAAAAAAAAUAAAUAAAUAAAUGCGCAAUUGUUUUUAACUCUUAAAUUGUGAAGUAAAGUAAAGUAAUUGUAAAGUGUAACCUAUAUAAUAAAUGUGUUAAAGUGUUACUAAGUUGGCAAAUCAUUAACAGUGCACCUAUGGGCAAUACAAAGGUUAUUGUCUGUUUACUGUCAUAAUUUUAUAAUCGUGUAAGAUAAACUCAUGUUUUCUAUGAAUGAGAGCAUCCUGGUUGCUCUACAGAUUUACUAAUUCGGUCACGAAUUCCUCAAAAGUACUAUAAAAGGAGUGUAUUUUUAUAUCCUAAGCGUGUCAGUAGAGUCUCAGCCGAGAUGCUUUGCUGGUUUAUAAGAGGUUUGCUCUGAGGCUCGAGCUGUAGUCUGCGGAAGGAAACCCAACUCACAGGAAUACGAUGGUUUGAGGUCUUGCGCAUGCGCAGUAGCGUGUGAGGGUAUUUAAAUAUGGGCUGAAGAAUCCAGCAGCGCAACACAAACACUUUUCAUCCGUGUGAGAGUCACCAUGAGCUGGGCCAUCGGCACUCUGGCCGUGGGAAUGGUCACGCUUCUGCUCGUUCAGAGGAAGUUUUACCCCUACUUUUGGGACGAUCUGAUGUAUUUCGCGAGAGUUCGGCGCGUGGGGAGCGCGAUGAAGGCGAGGAUGAAGCGCGGAGUUGUCACAUACCUCCAGCUCUUUGAGCAGCAAGCCAGAAACAGCCCGGAGAAGCCCUUCAUUGUCUUCGAAGAGCAAACCCUGUCGUACGGAGACGCGGACGCGCGCAGUAACAGAUUCGCGAGCGUGCUGGGAGCGCGCUGCGGGCUGAAACGCGGCGAUACUGUCGCGCUGCUGAUGAGCAACGAGCCGGACUUCAUCUGCGUCUGGUUCGGCCUCAGUAAACUAGGCUGCGAGGUCGCCUUUCUCAACUUCAACAUCAAGUCUCAGUCUCUGCAGCACUGUCUGCGCGGCUGUGCGGCGAAAGCGCUCGUCAUUGGCUCAGACUUGCUCCGGUGUCUGGACGAGGUGCUGCCGGCGCUGAUAGAUGCUGGGGUCAAGGUUUGGGUGACCGGGGAGAGAUCCUCGCACCAGAGCAUCGGGACGCUGCUGGACAAGCUGGAGUCGGCCUCUCCAGAGAAACCGUUGACCGACGGCUCUCAGCCUGACCUCCUGUCCACCUUCCUCUUCAUCUUCACGUCCGGCACCACAGGGCUGCCGAAGGCCGCUCGGAUCAGUCACAUCAAAGCGGUGAUGUGCAUGGCCUUCCUGCGUCUGUGUGGAGCUGUGGCCCGUGACCGAGUCUAUGUGACGCUGCCUCUCUACCACAUGUCUGCAUCUCUGCUGGCCGUCGGUGGCUGCAUCGAGCUCGGGGCAACCUGUGUUUUGAGGAGGAAGUUCUCUGCCAGCCAGUUCUGGAAGGACUGUAUGAAGUAUGAUGUGACUGUGUUUCAGUACAUCGGAGAACUCUGUCGAUAUCUGGUCAAUCAGCCAAAAACUAUAGAGGAAGUGACUCAUAAAGUUAGGCUCGCUGCAGGAAGUGGUCUCAGAGCUGAUGUUUGGAAGCAGUUCCUCAGACGUUUUGGAAAAAUCCAAAUUCGUGAAUCCUACGGUUUAACGGAAGCCAGUAUUGGCUUUGUUAAUUACACAGAUGAAAUCGGACCGAUUGGGCGAGCCAGUUAUUUUAAUAAGCUGAAUUUGCCGUUUGAGUUUUUAAAAUGUGAUCCACACACGUUUGAUCCGAUACGGACAGAUACAGGACACUGCAUUAAAGUGAGUAAAGGGGAAGCAGGGUUACUGGUGGCUCCGGUGACCUUCACCAACCCUUUCCUGGGAUACGCCGGUGAUAAAGCCAUGUCAGAGAAGAAGCUGUUGAGGGAUGUCUUUAAGACGGGAGAUGUGUUCUUCAACACAGGAGACCUGAUGCUUCAGGACCACAGAGGCUUUGUCUACUUCAAAGACAGGAUUGGAGACACAUUCAGGUGGAAAGGAGAAAACGUGUCCACCACGGAGGUGUCUGAAGUGCUGGGCAGCCUGGACUUUCUGCUGGACGUCAGUGUGUACGGCGUCUCUGUGCCAGGGUACGAGGGCCGGGCAGGAAUGGCCGCUGUGGUCCUGAAGGACGAUCAAGGGCUGGACGGAGACAGACUCUACAGUCAUCUGACGCACUCUCUUCCUCCGUACGCUUGGCCCUGGUUCCUGAGAGUACAGCCUUCCUUAGACGUGACAGACACGUUCAAGCAGCAGAAGGGCAGGCUGGUCCAGCAGGGCUUCAGUCCAGAGACGGUCCAGCAGCCGCUCUUCUUCCUGGACGCCGCUCAGAAAACAUACUCUCCUCUCACGGAGCAGCUCUACCACGACAUCCUCUCAGGACAGAUCAGACUCUAGAGGCAUUGUGGGAAAUGCAGCGACGUUUCCACAGUGAUCCUUGAGUUAGUGAACCGUCUGAUGUUAACCGCACAGACUUCUGGGAGCUGCUGGGUUUUCCACUGAGCCCACAAAUACUGGAACGACUUUGUUAGGAUUUCUUAACAUGGAUACAGAAAAUGAACUAAUACUAGAGUCAGUAUAUUCUUAACCACUUCACUCAGCUCAUAACAUUUGAGUAAAGAUUUUAGAUUUAUUUUAAGAGUAUAGCAGCAGCUUUAAUGUUAUCUGCUCUUGAUAAUCAUGUGGGCUAAAAAAUCUUCAUCUAAACGUAAGGCUGAGGAAGAUCACAGUGUUUGUGGUGUGUUUAUAUCUUUUAUAUCAAACAGCUUCUGACUAGUUUUUAUAACUGCUGCUAUGAACAUCAAAGAGCAGACCUGUCAUGUCAUUUCUACAGAAGUGAUGUGAUUCAGUGAUCUAGAUCUGUUUGAACUUCAGAUAGAUAUUUUUAAUAUAAACCUUUCACUCGA